CUGUCAUGGUAGGCGACGUACGGUAUGGAAGUGCACAAAUGAGAUGCAUUUUGUUCUUUGCAUGAUUGCUCCCUCUCAGCUCGGUUCAACAGCUUAUGGUUGCAACCGGUGGUGUUUUUGAGUGAUCGAAUGGGCAAACAAUUUCUGGAAACGUCGUCACGUAGAAAUAACAUUCAGAGUUUCAGUAUGGUUGGAGUGAAGCAGUGUUUUGCUUGUCAGCAUGCUUGAGUUGAAACUAAAGGGACAACAUUGGAAAGAAUGUUCAUUUCCUGAGUACGGUAUCUCACCUCCUUCUUCUUGGGAGGAAUAUGAUCGAUCGGGACCCGAGAUUGAAAUAUUGGGACUGACGUCGACUGACAUUGACAAGGUGGACAGAACGCCAGAGCACGGAUACGUUUCCUUGUCUACAGUUUUAGAACAGCAUUCGCUCGUGUAUAGAAACACAGAGUUUUCCAAGGUACAAAUUCCUCGACGAGGGUGCGCAGUUGGAUGAGAAAGAAGGGAGCGAUGGCGGGGCCUCGAGGCGGCCCUAGCUUGAAGAAACUCGGACUGUUAAUAGCUGCGUUGAUAGCAGGUGUAUUGUUCUAUCAGAAAUUGUCUGCGAUUUCGCUGAACUCACUGCUGGAGCCGAGUUCCAACCGGAAACAUUAUGAAAGACUAUACGAGGGAGCUAUGGAUGAAGUUGCUGAUUGGAGACAGAGAUACGACAAUGAAUCUGCAAAAGCUGAGCAACAUAGGCAAUUUCUUAAUCAGGUGGAACUUCAGGCAAAGAAACUGGCAGAGGAAAAAGAAAGAUUGAAGGCUCAAGUUUUGAAACUGCAAGAGGAGUUGAAGAGAAAUGGAGCUCUUGGAUGAAUGACAGUCGCAUGAAGAACAACUGACACAGCAAGUGACUUUCGCUCUACUUCUAUCACACUUCUCUAGUUGCAUAAUCUGUAAUAGACAAGAACACAAGGCCGUAAGCAUCGCUUUAAUGUUCUGGAUAUGUGUUCUACAUAAGUGCGAGUAGACUAGAAAACACCUGUUUGAGGUAGGAGGCCCUUCAUAGGAUGAGCUGUAUAAUGUCCAGCAAUGUCUACCUUAGGACUGGCGAACUGUCGACGGACUUCGAUGAAGGAGGACAUGGGUCUAUAUCUCAAACGUUUUGUACAGACAAUGAUCUGCACUUGGGUAUCCAAGGUGAAGCAGAGUUCUUCGCAUAUGCAGAGCUAUUACACAAUAACCCUUCCGUAUUCUGCUACAAUAUCCCUGGUAUCAAAUCU